AGAAAUGACAUUUAUUUUGUUUCAAGAAAACACGUGCGGUUUUUUAUGGCAAAGCUAAAUUAAAUGCCUACUAGGUCUGAGGUCCUUGUAGACGUUCUCGGUAGCUUCUGUGGUAGCAAGAACACAAAAUUAAAAAAUCCAGGGUUUUAGAAGGGUUCGGUAGGUUCGUUCCCUCGCCUUCUCCCUUUCUUCCUCUCCAAACAAGACAUUGCAGAAGAAAAAGGCAAAAACAAUCCGCCGACUUGGAGAAACCCUAGAAUCAAGCGCGGAACCGCCCUCAUCCACCAUGCUGCGUGCGGCGGCGGCUGCAGCCGCCAUCUUCCCGGCGCGGUUCGCCGCCGCGCCGGCUGUGGCGGCGGCGGAGGAGCUCAGGUCUCCGCUGCUCAGGGUCAUUGGGACGCUGAGGGACGGCCGCGGCUCGGUGCUGCUGGGUAGGAGGGUGCGUUUCUGCUCCAACUCUUCCGCGAGCGACACCGAGGCGGCGGUGGCAGAGGCGGAGGCGAAGGCCGAGGAUGCGUCCGCUGCGGAGGGUGAGGCGGACAGCAAGGCGUCUUCCGCCAUCGUGCCGACCAGCACCAAUAUCGAUGAUUGCCUCUCGGUUAUAGCGUUACCUCUUCCACAUCGGCCACUCUUUCCUGGAUUCUACAUGCCGAUCAAUGUGAAGGACCAAAAGCUGCUGCAAGCCCUAAUAGAAAAUCGCAAAAGAUCAGCUCCGUAUGCUGGUGCCUUUCUUGUGAAAGAUGAAGAAGGUACUGACCCUAACAUCGUGACUGGUUCAGAUUCAGCGAAAAGCAUUGAUGAUCUCAAAGGGAAAGACUUGCUGAAGCGUCUUCAUGAAGUUGGGACGCUUGCUCAGAUUACAAGCAUUCAAGGGGAUCAUGUAGUUCUACUUGGUCACCGACGUUUACGGAUAACUGAGAUGUUGCAGGUCGAAGAGGAUCCACUUACAGUUAAAGUUGACCAUCUAAAGGAAAAGCCCUACAACAAGGACGAUGAUGUUAUGAAAGCUACAUCAUUCGAAGUUAUAUCAACUUUAAGGGAAGUUCUAAGGACAAGUUCCCUUUGGAAGGAUCAUGUGCAAACCUACACACAGCACAUUGGUGACUUUAACUACCAACGGUUAGCAGACUUUGGUGCUGCUAUCUCUGGUGCCAACAAGUUGCUUUGCCAGGAAGUUCUUGAGGAAUUGGAUGUAUACAAGCGUUUGAAGUUGACCCUUGAGUUAGUAAAAAAGGAGAUGGAGAUUAGUAAGCUACAGCAAUCCAUAGCAAAAGCAAUUGAAGAAAAGAUUAGUGGAGAUCAGCGACGUUAUUUAUUGAACGAGCAACUUAAGGCAAUCAAGAAGGAGUUGGGUUUGGAGACUGAUGACAAAACAGCAUUGUCUGCAAAAUUUAGAGAACGUAUAGAAUCAAAGAAGGACAAAUGUCCUCCUCAUGUUUUACAAGUCAUUGAAGAAGAGCUUACCAAGCUUCAGCUUUUAGAAGCCAGCUCUAGUGAGUUCAGUGUAACUCGUAAUUAUUUGGACUGGCUGACAGUGUUGCCAUGGGGAAAUUAUAGUGAUGAAAACUUCGAUGUCCACCAUGCUCAGAAAAUUCUCGAUGAAGACCAUUAUGGUUUGAGUGAUGUGAAAGAGAGGAUACUGGAAUUCAUAGCAGUUGGGAAGUUAAGAGGGACUUCACAAGGCAAGAUCAUAUGUCUUUCUGGGCCACCGGGAGUUGGAAAAACCAGUAUUGGUCGUUCAAUUGCACGUGCACUGAACCGUCAGUUCUACAGGUUUUCUGUUGGAGGUUUGGCUGAUGUGGCUGAAAUCAAGGGCCAUCGACGCACAUAUGUUGGUGCAAUGCCAGGGAAGAUGGUGCAGUGUCUUAAAUCAGUUGGUACAGCAAAUCCUCUAGUGUUGAUAGAUGAGAUUGACAAGCUUGGGAAGGGUCAUUCUGGCGAUCCAGCUAGUGCAUUGUUGGAACUCCUUGACCCUGAGCAGAAUGUUAAUUUCUUAGAUCACUACCUUGAUGUUCCUAUUGACCUAUCCAAGGUUCUAUUUGUUUGCACAGCAAACGUAAUAGAGAUGAUACCAAAUCCAUUACUGGAUAGGAUGGAGAUCAUUGCUAUAGCUGGGUAUAUAACUGAUGAGAAGAUGCAUAUUGCUCGGGACUAUCUAGAGAAGAAUACAAGACAGGCUUGUGGCAUUAAGCCUGAGCAGGUUGAAGUUACAGAUACUGCUCUUCUUGCUCUCAUUGAAAACUACUGUCGAGAAGCUGGAGUGAGGAACCUUCAAAAGCAGAUUGAGAAAAUUUACCGUAAGAUAGCUCUGCAGCUUGUUCGCCAAGGAGUAUCGAAUGAGCCAGACCAUGAGUCUGUCAGUGCCUCUGUAACUGAGGAAUCUGGUAAUGGUGAUAACACCACAACAAAAGAUGAGAUUUUGAAGGAUCCUGCUGUAGAAGAUGCUUCAGUCACCAACAAUGUUACAAAUCCUGCCUCCGAGGAAGCUAAUGAAGAAAAUUUGACAAGUGAAGCAGCAAAAGAAGACAGCACAUCUAAGGGCAACAAGGGCACUGAUGGAGCAGCGGACAAGGCAAUUGAGAAGGUUGUGGUCGAUUCAUCAAACCUUGGUGAUUUUGUUGGGAAACCUGUGUUCCAGGCUGAGCGUAUAUAUGAGCAUACUCCAGUUGGAGUGGUCAUGGGUUUAGCUUGGACUGCUAUGGGUGGUUCUACUUUGUACAUCGAAACAAAAAAAGUGGAGGAAAGGGAAGGGAAAGGUGCACUUGUGCUUACAGGACAGCUUGGAGAUGUCAUGAAAGAGAGUGCUCAGAUUGCGCACACAGUUGGCAGAGCUGUAUUACUGGAGAAAGAGCCAGAUAACCAUUUUUUUGCAAACUCGAAGGUGCACUUGCAUGUUCCUGCAGGGUCCACCCCUAAGGAUGGCCCUAGUGCUGGAUGCACCAUGAUAACAUCUAUGCUGUCCUUAGCUAUGGGAAAGCCUGUCAAGAAGGACCUCGCAAUGACGGGUGAAGUAACACUAACCGGAAGAAUCCUCCCAAUCGGCGGGGUAAAAGAGAAAACAAUUGCGGCAAGGAGAAGUGCGAUAAAGACACUCAUAUUUCCGGCAGCGAAUAAAAGGGAUUUCGAUGAGCUUGCUUCUAAUGUGAAGGAAGGCCUCGAAGUUCAUUUUGUUGACACAUACAGUGAAAUAUAUGAUUUAGCUUUCCAGAGUGACGCCGGGACAGAAACAAGCUGAGAUGAUUUAGCUUUAUGGGAUUGAGAUUUUUUCCCCCUAGACCCACGACAGAAACAAGUCCGUCAAGAGGCAGGCAAACCAGACCAUUGUAACCAAGAUGGGUGGAGUUAAUUGAUAUUCACGAGAAAAAUGAAAUCCUUUUUUUUUGCCCCCAAUAUAACAUCAUUGAAUUUAAGAGAUUUUUGGCUAGGUUGUACGUACUAGUGUGGUUGCCCAUCUAGGUGGUAUAGCCUAUAUUAUUAGUAGGAAUAAGAAAAGCAGCAUGGAUGCACCAUCUGUUAUUUAUAUUUAUUGAUUUAAGAGUGUUCUCUAAAAGCAGCAGGUAUGCCCCAGUUGUUAUUCAUUAAAUUUGUUUCAGUGAGUGUUAGUUACCUUUGGAUACUGUACUGUGCGUCAUCAAUUUAUAGGAUGUUUUGAUUUUUUUUGGAUACACAAACUUCUAUCAUUAUGCAUCUAAUUUGUGGCCGAUUUUGAUUUUGUA